CCAACUUUGGACACCCCUGUAGUAGGGUAAAAAAAAAAACAGUCAAUUUCUCCCAGAAUAUAAAUUAGCACUACAUUCCCCAGACGUCUCAACGAAAGGUCAUAAUCACGCAUGCGCAAACUAGAUGGAACGACGGCAAGGAAGUUGGGACUUGAGAAGCACAGUCGCGUGCUGUUUUUUGGUGGGUCAUUUGGAAUAAAUGUGCGGAGAAAGCCCGGCACGGGAGCUGGAUGUAUACGGAUAAAAACUGAAAACAAAUGUAAAUUGGAGGAGCCGUUCAAGGGAAACGGGGGACAGAAACAUUGUGAAGACCCUUCUUUUGUCUUGUACAAAAACCCUUUAAGUUCAGAAGACAAGACAAACCCACAUUCUGGUUCCCACCACGUUGCCAUAUGCUAGCAUCUCUCCAAACACAAACACAUUUUGACCAGAAUUUCCUUUGAUACCCAAAGGUUCAAGACGAACCCGGUUUUUACCUCAAUGGAGUAUUUCAUGACCAAAAGGAGAAACCGUAGAGGUAGCAGUUACCUCUGCAUCAGCUGGGAAAUAGCCUAGCUCAGGUCAGCACAGUGCUGCCAGCCUCUCCCUGAUUGGUCCUUGACCCCUCCCUCCCCCUGCCCCCCACAGAACUCCCCAGUCUAUCCCCACUUUCCUAGUUUUCUGUCACGCAAACCUCUCUUAAGCCACCCGCCAUGUCAUCGGUCCGCUUCACGGUGACGCCCACCAAGGUUGAGGACCUCACGGGGCUGUCUGACACGUCGCCCGACAUCAGCUCCCGCCCGUCCGCCCACGUUCGCUUCGGCUCCAGGGAGAGCGUCAAUCGCAGUGACCCGGUGAGCGAGGGGUCCGCAGGUGGGACGAUGUUUGGAGGAAUGGGAGGGAACGAAACGCCGGACCGCAGCAGCAUAGACCAAGGGGAGGGGAACUCUAAGAUCUCCAGUGUUUACAUCAACAACAGUCAUGGGAUGGAUGACGAUGAAUUUUUCGACAGGAACUUGGCCUUAUUUGAGGAGGAGAUGGACACUAGGCCGAAGGUGUCUUCUCUGCUCAGCCGCCUGGCUAACUACACCAACUUGACGCAGGGAGCAAAGGAGCAUGAGGAGGCUGAGAGCAUCGGGGAAAAGAAGAAAACCAGCAAGUCGCCGCAGAUGGGGACGUUCAUGGGCGUCUACCUCCCUUGCCUUCAGAACAUCUUUGGAGUCAUCCUGUUCCUGAGGUUGACGUGGGUGGUGGGGACCGCCGGCGUGCUGCAGGCCCUCUGCAUCGUCUUCAUAUGCUGCUGCUGUACGUUGCUGACUGCUAUUUCAAUGAGCGCGAUUGCCACUAAUGGAGUUGUGCCAGCUGGAGGCUCCUACUUCAUGAUCAGCCGCUCUCUGGGUCCAGAGUUCGGAGGGGCCGUGGGGAUCUGUUUCUACCUGGGCACCACCUUCGCUGGGGCCAUGUACAUCCUGGGAGCCAUCGAGAUCUUACUGAUGUACAUUGUUCCUCAGGCAGAAAUCUUUAAAGGUGGCGGGGCGGCAGUGUUGAACAACAUGCGGGUCUACGGCAGCAUCUGUCUCCUCCUCAUGUCGCUGCUCGUCUUUGUUGGUGUGAAGUAUGUCAACAAACUGGCCUCCAUCUUCCUGGCCUGUGUCAUCGUCUCCAUCGUUUCCAUCUACAUCGGAGCGUUUGUCUCCGCUUUCCACGAGCAUAAAUUUACCGUGUGCAUGCUGGGAAAUAGAACCAUCAGCAGCCACGACCAGUGUAAUAAAACCGUCCCGGUGGGAAUCAAAGACACAACGGGGAACUUUGACAGCAACUUCACACUCGGCUACGAAAACAGCACAGCUGGACCAGUCGUUGUCCCCACCGCUGCGCCAGCUGCGGAGGAGAAACCCACACUUCUUUGGGAAGAAUUUUGCCACAGCACUGAACUCAACGCCACCUGUGAUGAAUACUUCACCGCUAAUAACUUCACUGAGAUUAAAGGGAUUCCUGGGCUGGCCAGCGGCAUCAUUUCAGAGAACCUGUGGAGCUCCUACAUCGGCAAAGGAGAGGUUCUGGAGAAAAGCUCGCUCAGCUCCUCUCAUUCGUCACCUCCAGCAUCACCAACUCAUCCAUACGUGUUCGCCGACAUCACCACCUCCUUCACCCUGCUGGUGGGCAUCUUCUUCCCUUCGGUCACAGGAAUCAUGGCUGGUUCAAAUCGGUCAGGAGAUUUAAAAGACGCACAGCGCUCCAUCCCCAUCGGAACCAUCCUCGCUAUCCUCACUACCUCUUUUGUUUACCUGAGCAGCGUCGUGUUGUUCGGCGCCUGCAUCGACGGCGUCGUCCUCAGAGACAAGUUUGGAGAGUCGGUUGACGGCACUCUGGUUGUUGGCACGCUGGCCUGGCCGUCUCCUUGGGUCAUUGUGAUUGGCUCCUUCUUCUCAACAUGUGGCGCAGGUCUUCAGUCGCUGACUGGCGCGCCACGACUGCUGCAGGCCAUCGCCAAGGACAACAUCAUCCCAUUUCUACGGGUCUUUGGACAUGGGAAAGCUAACGGCGAGCCCACCUGGGCUCUGCUCCUGACUGCGCUGAUAGCAGAGCUGGGGAUUCUCAUCGCCUCUCUGGAUCUGGUCGCUCCCAUCCUCACAAUGUUCUUCCUGAUGUGUUACUUGUUUGUUAACCUGGCCUGCGCCCUGCAGACGCUGCUCAGGACCCCAAACUGGAGGCCCCGUUUCUCCUACUACCACUGGACCUUGUCGUUUCUGGGGAUGAUCAUCUGCCUCGCUCUCAUGUUCAUAUCUUCUUGGUACUACGCAAUCGUUGCCAUGGUGAUCGCUGGCAUGAUCUACAAAUACAUUGAAUAUCAUGGGGCAGAGAAGGAGUGGGGAGACGGGAUCCGCGGUCUGUCACUCAGUGCUGCCCGCUAUGCCCUCCUGAGGCUGGAGGAGGGACCACCACACACCAAGAACUGGAGGCCCCAACUGCUGGUGUUGCUAAAGCUGGACGAAGAUGCUCACGUCAAGUCUCCGCGACUGCUGACGUUCGCCAGCCAGCUGAAAGCAGGAAAGGGCCUCACCAUCGUCGGCACGGUUGUCUCGGGAAACUUCCUGCAGACUUACGGAGAGGCUCUAGCUGCAGAACAGACUUUGAAGCAUCUCAUGGAGAAGGAACGGGUGAAGGGCUUCGUUCAGUGCAUAGUGGCUCAAAAGCCCCGUGAGGGAAUCAGUCACAUGAUCCAGUCGAGUGGCCUGGGAGGAAUGAAGCCCAACACAGUGGUGAUGGGCUGGCCGCACACCUGGAGGCAGAGCGAAGACCCGCAGGCCUGGAAGACCUUCAUCAAUACGGUCCGAGUGACCACGGCGGCCCACCUGGCUCUGCUGGUGCCUAAAAACAUCUCCCUGUUCCCCAGCAAUAGUGAGCCGCCCACCGACGGCUACAUCGACAUAUGGUGGAUCGUCCAUGACGGGGGGAUGCUGAUGCUGCUGCCGUUUCUCCUUCGCCAACACAAGGUGUGGCGUAAAUGUGGGAUGCGAAUCUUCACCGUGGCUCAGAUGGAGGACAACUCUAUUCAGAUGAAGAAGGAUCUGGCAACGUUUCUCUAUCACCUUCGUAUUGAAGCUGAGGUGGAAGUAGUGGAGAUGCAUAACAGCGACAUCAGUGCGUACACCUACGAAAGGACACUGAUGAUGGAGCAGAGGUCUCAGAUGCUCAGACAAAUGCGACUCUCUAAAUCAGACAGAGAAAAAGAAAGGGUGCGCUGGAGUUUUGACGAUGUGUAUCUCUCACCCAGGUUCAGGAGUACUGAAGGCCACACAUCAAACCCCAUCAAAGACGACAGAGACAGACAGGCCCAGCUGGUGAAGGACCGUAACUCCAUGCUGCGCCUGACCAGCAUCGGGUCAGAUGAUGAGGACGACACAGACGGCGGAGAGCGGGAUCGGCCGGUGAGCAGCAGCUCCGAGCACCACCGUCGCGUCCAGAUGACCUGGACCAAGGAGAAGACGGCCCAGUACAGAGCGGCGCACUCCGGCUGCUCCACACCCGAAGGCUUCAGAGACAUGCUGAGCAUCAGGCCGGACCACUCCAACGUCAGAAGGAUGCACACCGCUGUCAAGCUCAACGAAGUCAUCGUGAACAAAUCCCACGAUGCUCGGCUCGUCCUGCUCAACAUGCCGGGGCCCCCGAAGAACACGGACGGAGAUGAGAACUACAUGGAGUUCUUGGAGGUUCUGACGGAAGGAUUGGAGCGCGUCCUGUUGGUCCGAGGAGGCGGAAGUGAAGUCAUCACCAUCUACUCCUGAUUGGACAAGACACUGGAAGACACUGUUCAACAAGCAAGCCAAUCAUGGAGAAGACGGGAGAUGGGUUGGUUCUGUGUGGUCUGCGUGGGAUAGACCGUCACUGGCUGCAGCAUUGGUUGUCAUCCCACCAAACCUUUCAUCUUCACUGGUUUUCUGCCAUGAUGGUGGUUUCUACUCCAAUUAUGUUAAAUUGAGGAAAUGCCAACACAGUUCCACGAUUGAGCAACAAGAACCCAUAGCAAUCAUGUGUGUGCAUGUGUCUGUGUAUGUGUGUUUUUGUUUGUGGGAAUCGCUCACCUGGAAGAUCUUUGAACCGUUGAAGGGACCAGCAUUUUGUUCGAAGCAGGUGUGUUUAGGCAGUGGAUCAGUUAAAAUAAAUAUGAUCGGUCUGAAAACUACGCAGUUGUUCCACCAACGAAACUCAGGGUUUGCUUUUUGUACAGAAUGUAUUUUGGACGUUUGUUAGUUUGCUAUGCGAGACCUAAAUGUCUGGUAUCAAGAGGAGUAUUAUUAUUGAUUUUUUUUAUUAUUAUUUCGGAAGGCACAUAAAUGUUUGUUCCAGAAUUACACAUGGAGCAAAUAACCGUCAAGUUAAGAGUAAAGCAGAUAAUCUCUUGUAUCAUUUUCCAUCUACAGGAACAGAUGAACACCAAACUCAGCAUUUUAUUUUGUAGACAUUAAAGCUUGUGAUACAUCAACUUUAAAAUCAGUAUUGUUGCACAGAUGUCAGACUUUGCUGCUAUUUGUCUGAAACUAAUAGUGUAUUAGAAUACCUGUAUUUUUUUUUUUAUUAUUUAUCAAAUUCAGAAUGAAUUCCUUUUGGGUUUCUUUCAUUGAUGAACCAAAAUCUGAAAAUCAAUGUAAACUUGAGCACAAAUUGUUGUGAUGUAAAAUAAAAUUUUCUUGGGCCAAUUAUAAUGAUGGCUAAGUACACUCUCCCCAAACACACGCACACACACACUCCUAUCAAUUUCGUUCCAGCAUUUAAAGAACAAAACUUUUUUUAUGCGAAUAAAUACUUUCCUAGAGGCACAUAUCAUCGAUUAAUCGUUUAGAUGCGAAUACCGCUCUGGUGGCGGUUGGUUCGGUUGCUAUGACUGCAUAUCUGAAAAGAAGGGCUGCCUUUUUAUUUUGUUAAAUAUUUCUUGAUCUCCAUGUAAAACCAAAAUGAUUAUUGACAACGUGAUUAGAGAUUUUGGACCUGUAGCUAGCCCGGUGGACUGCAUGAGAAGAGUUAUUGGUGUAACUCCUUUUUAUAAACUAUCAGACUCGUUCGUUAUAGCUUGUAUUAGCCUCAGAAAGACUAGAAACGAAUAAUAGUGGUCAAGCUGGAUCGUUGUGGCACGAACCACCGCACUGCAUGUUGGGUAAAUGAGGUAUGAAUGUAUUGUCACGUUUGAUCUCGCUUUGUUCUUCGAAAGAAUAUCAGCAGUUCGAGCUUUAUAUCCUACAACCAUCUCUUUCCACACCUCAAAAUGACCCCACUCAUGUUCUGCUUUAUGUGUAUGCGCACAUGUCUGUAUGUAAAAUGAAUGCUUGUGAUUUUAUUGUUCAAUUUUAGAAUCUUCUAACUAGAGAUGUUUUAUCCUUCAAAUGCUAUUUUUUAUUUUAUUUUCAUUGUUGUGCAAGGGUUAUAUUAUGUUUUUUAUUUCCUGAAGAUGAUCUCGCUUGUACAUAAGGGCAGAAGAAGACCUUAAGUUCUAUCUUUUU